AUGCGCGCCUCCACCUCUGCCAACACCUCGAGCUCGACCUCCAACUCGACUGCGGCGACUACUUCCACCGCAGCGGCUUCUACCAACGGCCCGCUCGCCUCACUGGGCGCACCCAACACAUCAACUCAACAACAACAAGCUGCAGACUUUCUCCUGCGAGCCCAACAGGGUCUGCUCACGUUGAUCCACAAAGGGAACCUCGAUGCGCGUCCGUCAAGGCAGACGAUCCCCCCACCCAAAGUUGGAUCGUGCACGCCCUGUCGCGAAGCCAAGGCUAAAUGCUCGGGGGGCCAAGUGUGCUCGAGAUGCAUGAGCAAUGGUUUGGCCAGCAGUUGCGAGUACCCCGUAUUCAACAAGAGGGGGAGGAAGAGGGUUAUGACUGCGUGAGUUUGGUUUGGCCAGUCGGCGAGCUCCCCGAAAGGAGCUUCUAUCAUCGGCAUCCGCUCACCUUUGAAUCCCACGUGAUCCAUCCACAGCAACAUGAUCCUCCUCGAAUCCAUUCAUCGUGACAUCCAAGCGACUCAAGCACUCCUCGAUACCGCAGCCAAAUCGCCGGCUCAUUCGCACCCCGGAACCCUCGAAGCUCGUCGCGACUCGGGGCUCCACUCGAUUCAGAACGAUCGACCGCGACGAUCCUCUUCGCUUUUGGGCGGCGGUGGCUCGAGCGACGGUGGGCUCAUGGACGACGACACGGACCAGUCCCAUGGUCAUGAGGACCCGACUGAUCGGGACGAACCUUUGGUGACGGUUAUCGAGAGCCCACUAGCUAUAUUGGCACAGUAAGUCCGGACAAAUACGUGCUACAUGACAAUUUCACUAAGCACUCCCCUUGCCCACUGCCAGCAUGGCGAGCAUCAAGAUUUCCGGGACAUGCGAGGCCGAUACGGGGACGAGUUCGGCGACGUUGGAAAAGCCCAAGGAUGAAACACCUGCAGCCUCUUACUUCGCCACUGGUCAGUCCGCGCUCACACUCGCUCUGCUACAGACCUCGCCCCCGACUCCUGACCCAUUCCUCUGCUCGCAGGUUUCUAUCAAGCCCGAACGGACCGCGACCCACUCGUCGACCCCGUCAACCUCGGUCUUCUAACCGAAUCAGAAUUCAACCUUCUCGUCAACUAUUACUUUGACCACCUCCACGCCUUUGCCCUCCACCUCUGUCGCGAGAUCCACACCCCUCAAUUCAUCCGCGACGUAUCGCCCUUCCUCGCGACCGCCUUGGUUUAUACCGUUUCGGCUUUCGUACCUACGUUGUCCCAUCUCUCGUCAUCACUCGAGACGCAUGCGCUUUAUCUGUCGGAGAGGAUCUUUGCGCAGGGAUACAAGACCCUCGAGAUCGUGCAAGCUUACUGUCUGCUCUCCACCUGGUCCCCUAUCGAACCCAACUGGGGCGACGAUCGACGAUGGUCCUGGAUAGGUCAAGCGAUCCGAAUCGCGACCGAGAUUCGGUUGGACAAACCUCUGACGUUGAGCAUGCAUGAGUUCUAUAAGAGUGUUGGGAGGCCCGAGUUGGAGUUGGGGAAGUUGAGCGAGGAUAGGGCGAGGAGUUGGACGUUGUUGUUCGUGGCGGAGACGGCGUGAGUCUCUUUCUUGAUUUCUUGGAGCGAGGAGCAAAUGCUGACAAUCCGGCUACCUCCGCCUGCUAGAUUAUGUGUUUCCACCGGUCGUCUAGGAGCGAUCCAAGGACCGCACCUGACCAUGUCCUUCCGCUCCCAAGUCCCCUCCGUCGAAGCCAACGAUCCGCGCUACACUGUCUGCGCAAUGGAACACCUCCACCACAUCUACGCCAAGGCGUUGGCAUUAGCUUGGGUGCUCAAGGAUGAAGCGACCAAGGGGGAUCAAGGGUCGAGAUUGAGGGAUACGUUCAAUGAGAGUUGGAAGAGUGAGAUGAAGGAGUGGGAAAGGCGGUGGCCGCAUGCCAGUAAGACUUGACCAAGAGGGGUCUCGAUGAACUUCUCAAAAAUUGCUGAUGCGCAGGAGCUUGCUUUCUCCAUAUAGAUGGCUAUGUCCGAUUGACAUAUCGACACAACUAUACGAUUCUCCUCUCCAUCUCCCUUCGAUUCAAAGGGGGCCCAACGCGACAGAUUUUCGAGGAAUGUCGUGCCUCGGGUUUGGAGACCGUGCGGAUCGCGACGCAAUGGCAAGGUGAUUCGCUCAUGUACGCCAACAACUUUAUCUGCGUCAACAUCGCCUAUGCUGCGACCUUGGUCGUUCGAAUAGAGGGUAUUUUGGAGGCGACGGGUUCGUUGGACACGGAAGGGAGGAGGGUGUGCAAGACCGCUGCGGAUCUGUUGUUCGGUAUGGGGAGGAUGAGGCCUACGAAACGGACGUUGCAUAACCUGCAUGCGACGAGGUUGAUGACCCUCUUGGAGGCGACGCAACCCACGAAUCAUGCUUUUGAAUUCGAGCCGAAUCCGAUGAUGCAGAAUCAAUACGGGAUGCACUCGACCGGAACGAUUGCGGCACCUCCGAUCUUGCAUGCCGAUCCUGUGCAACUUGCUCAUGCGUACCUUCACUUCGGAGGCGGUCCGGACCAUCAUCACCACCACCAAGCAAGCCACCUUCAUCUCAACCAUCGGUCCUCCCCACCGACUGGAACAGGAACAGGCACUCCACCUUCCUUCCCCUCUCCACCCUCCCUCACCCACCAAGUCUUCAUCGACCAAGCAGGCCCAACCACAACGACGACCGCAGAGGAUCUUUUCUCCGCGGACCCGCUCCUCUCCUCCUCCAUGAUCCCAGCAGCGAUGAAUUGGGAUCUAUUGACGAUGGGUAUUGGGAUCGGUUUGCCGAAUGAGACGAGUCCGGGGUUGUCCGGUUCGGAUUGGUUGUAUUCGAUGGAUCUGUCGACUCAUGCGGGGGAGGGGUAG